CGGAGGGGAACUGCAACACAUAGCUCGGUUUGCUGACAGGAGUGAAGACUAUUCAGGGAGAGCGACUCCCCAAAACAUGCAUCUGUCAUCUUUAUACAAUGCCAAGGAUCAAUUCAAGAAGCCACAAGCUGUGAGAAGUUAAACAAUGACAAGGAAGAGAAAGAGUGGAGAGAAAGGAAAGGCAGGUGCACAGAAGAAGGGGGCCAAAAAAAGAGAUGGUAGCACAUCUUCAUCCAGAACACGUUCACAGAACCAAACAAAAGGCAAGCAUACUAGUCACCCAAGCCCGGCCAGAUCCAGAUCCAGAUCCAGAGGCCGUGGACAGCACAGCACGGGUGCAGCAGAGCCUGAACCACUGAGUAAAGAUGUUCAGACUCAAACAAGCUCAAGUAGGCUUGAAAACAAGGAGACUCAGACGGAGACUGUCAGUCAAGCAACACAGCAGACACAAACAGAGCUCAAUGGCAACACAGAGACCACAGAAGUGUCACAGCCAACAGAACUCAAUCCUGAAGAUGUUAAGAUGCAGAUGGAAACUGGCCUACCAAGGAUCAAAGGAAACGAAAUUGAUGGAGAAAAGGAUGAAAGUGUUGAGAGAAAGAAAAGAAAAGUGAGUGAAUCAAGAGAACCUACAGAGGAGACUAAAGAAAAGACCAAACUCUCAGAUGGUUUAAAAAAACAAGAUAGAGACAAUCAGAAAGACAAAGAUGCAAAUAAAAAACGUUCAGAAGGAGAUUCACAAAAAGACACUAAACUCAAGUCAGGAACAGAAGAACCCAAAUCUUAUGCAGCAGCAACUGCUGCUACAGGAAAGACUGAACUGUCUAAGGAGCAGAGGAAUCAGACAGCAGCAGAUCAAGACAAUAGUAAAAGAAGAAAAUCUUCCCCAGUGAGGGCUCCAAGCAAACAACCGAUGUUCACUUUCUACAUUUAUGCUGUUCUGGACAAAAAAUUCAGAUUUAACACACAGCAUGACUCUCUUUUGCUCCUUCAUGGGAAUGAAGUCUUUCAACUACAGAUUACAUAUUUUUUGGGUCUAAAACAGGAAGGCUAUUUGAUUGAAGCAACAUUUUCACUUUGGCAAGGCAUUGGCAGGGGUGUUCCAAUAGAAUACACAUAUGCAGUGCAGAAACAAAAUGGCCCCAUUAUGGAAACAGCAUUAAGAUAUGUUUACACCCCCACUGACAAUACAGUAAAAGAACUGCACCUUUAUGAAGGUUACAUAAGUUCAAGUUCAAGAUCUGUUAAAGAAAGGGCGAUGAACUGGAUCUUUCAGAAUGCACAAGAAGAAAUUAGCAAAUGCUGGGAGACCUCUGCUCAUGCACUGCUGGACAGAGUGUUUAAGAAAUGGGGGUCAUUUAAUGAUGAAGACAACAAGACACUUAUCGAACACCUAAACAGUUACAAACAAUGUUUUCAGUCUCAGAACUGA